UAGACCUUAGCUUUUCCCAAUAAUUGCAACAUGAACUGCGCAAUGAACACAAAAUCAUAGGAUGCCAUUUUUUCAAUCAAACUAGAAGAAGUGGACUUACUUUUGAGAUCAACACCAUCCUCAAAUAUAACUUCAAGCACCUCAAUGAUGGCAUCCCACGUAUCAAGAACUCUAAUGAUUAGUUUUUCAAGCAAACCAAAAGGCUAGUAAUGGACGAGUUGAGAAAACGCUCUGCCUUCUCACUAGAUUUUUUCGCACCUCCCGGAGUCGUAACUAUCUAGGUUGCUCGUCACUUCCAACUGCUCUUUCUCUUCAAUCCACCGUUCGAUUUUGAGUUUUCUUCCUGCUGCUUGUUCGGAAUUCUUCAGGCUUCCUUAUCUACUACUUGGAUUUGGAAAAUCUUGGAAUUUUAGCAAGCUACGAAUUUCUUGGAGCUUUAGUUCGCUGUUCGUUACUGUUCAUACCCGAUUUAGAAACUCAGCUUCGAUCUAUUCUGUGGCAGCUGGUUGGGGAAGAAGAAGGUUGUUUGGGGGUCGCCACCCUCUGGCACACCUCCCACGACUGGUUUCUGACCACCACGGCGUCGCCGUACCACCGUUGCAAAAGAACCGUUACGAAGUGCACUGUUCAACGCAGCUGGGUUUUCUGCAGAUUUCUUCACUUUCCAUCGUUCAUAUCGAAAUCUGAAGCUUGUUUGGAGUUCAUCUAGCUGGGACAAAGCUUUUGGUACCGGUUUUAUCUCCUACAAAUCAGUAUUUUGAUUUCCCCCAAAUUCUUGGGCACUGUAGCUUGGAUGAAGGUCUGGUUUCUUUAAUUAAUUUUAAUUAAAGGUUUUUCGUGCUUUCUGGGUUUUGUGCUUAAACUGUGGUAAUCGUCUACUCUUGGACUGUGUUUUGUUUUUUUCUGGAAUUUUUUUGAGUAGUUUUGGUAGCUCGUGUUACUGUUCAUCUUCCUGGGAAAUUGCUACAGUAAAUCCUGCGCACUAAACACUAGUCACGAAAUUUUCCAGUCUUUUAUACCUAUCUUUUGUGGAAACUAACCAUUGCAGGUUGUUCUCCAUACUAAUGGAUAUCUUCUGGACUAAUUUCAGAUUUUUUGGAGCUCUUCCGAAAUUCCUGGAUUUUUUGAGCUACCUUUGACUAGUUAAACAUUUUUCCUGGAUUUUAGACUUGGCUUUUGGUUAAACUAAUCAUACCAGGUUGUUCAGCAUAUUGAGGGGUAUCUCCUUGAGUUUUUUGAGAUUUUUGGAGCACUUUCAAAAAUCUCAAACUUUCUGCCCGCUACAGUAAAAUCCUGCGCACUUUUGACUAGUUAUGAGUUUUUUCUGAACUCCAUACUUGUCCACUGGUUUAGCCGAUUAUACCGUUCUGUUCCUAACUUCGAGGGGAACUCGUGAGAGUAUUUUCAAAUUUUUCUGAGUUGGUUUGGGUUGGUUAAAUUGGAUUUGCUGCUACAGGUGGUUGUUUCUUCUUGUUUGUUUUGUUGUGUUGGCUUUGUUUGUUGGUACUAAAGGUGCAGGUGGGAUGUGCUGAUCAUUAUGACAAGGAACAACAAACAAUCUCGCACUCCUCCGCCUAAGGAUGAGGCAUUUGAUGCAAAAAUCCGAACGAUCAAUGCCAAGAAGGUAGAGAUUGAGAACAUGAGAAAGGAAGGGGACUCCACUACUAAGGUGUAUAUCCCCAAGACUGCUCCUAAGCUCACCAUUAAUCCUACAAUGCAAAGAAGUCAGCCAGCUCCCUCUUUUGAAGUAACUUCAAAGGAGAUUUCUUUUGAGAAAGAAACUGACGCCUCAAGUGCUACUAUUGACAUGAAUACUUCUAAAGUGGAUGGAUUGGUGGAGGAUAUAUCUAUUACACUUGGAUCUGAGGACACACAGUCCAUUGCUAGUCAUGGGGAUGAUAGGGAUCAAGAGAAUGAUGGAAAGAAGGGAUGAGUUAAUUUGUUCCAAAAUAACCGCUCCCUCUCGCACGGCAUGAAACUUGAUUACGUCCCACCCAUUGGGGAUGUUGUUGACUUCUCAAAUCGGAAAGUACCCUCCAUUGUUGACAUAUGGGGGUACUGUUUGGUGGGGAUUUUCACGGGCAGAUUUCCCGGAAGGAAAGCAGUAUCUGACCUCAUUAAAACUUGGGGUUUUGAGUGCAAAAUAAAAUCACACGAUAAAGGAUGGACAAUAUUUCAAUUCAAGACGGAGGAGGACCGUACCAAGGUCAUUUCCGAAGGGCCUUACUCAUCCUAUGGUAAGGCUCUUUUCCUCAAAGUAUUAUCCGAGGAUUUUGAGGUGGAUGGUGAUGAAUUUUUGAAAGUUCCCAUUUGGAUAAAGCUGCCCGGGCUUUCGGUCACACUAUGGAACAAGCCGGAGAUAAGUGAAUUGGCCUCACGGGUAGGGGUACCCAUCAUUGCUGAUCAAGUCACGCUCAACAAAGCUAGGGCUAACUUUGCACGAGUUCUUGUGGAGGUUGAUUCUACUAAACCUCCGGUUCUUGAGAUCCCAAUGAUUCAACCGUCCUGGAGAAAAAGGAAACAAUAUGUGAUAUAUGAGACAUAUCCUAACUAUUGUUUCGAAUGCAAAAGAUUUGGACACAAUCCCUUUCUUUGCAAAGUGCUCCACCCGGAAUUGAAGGAGGAGGAAGAAAAACAAAAAAAUGAUACGAAGAAGAGCUUAAAACCGAAUGGUGAGGGCCAAAUUGUGGAGAAUGCCGCUGUCCUUAAAGAGCCGGAGGAGGCACCGUUUCAACUAGUGGAGCCAAGGAGAAAGAAAAUACCGGCUGCCACCGAACCUAAGGCACCGGUUGCCACUAAAGCAAAGGAACCCGCUGCCCAAAAGAAGAAACCGAGCAAGGAAUUUGUAUGGAGAGGAAGAAAAAUCCUUAAUGUGCACCAAAUGCAAUCGGAUGAUAUUGUCACGGAUUUUAUUAUUGAAGAAGAUGGUACACAUGUGGCAUUCGUCAAAAAAACGUCACCAACUAAAGAGCUAUGUAUCUGUGGCAAGGCUUGCAUUGGAUACGCUUAAGGAGGCUCGUGAUGAUACGCCGGGCAUUAACUUCACCGACGAAUGCAUGGUGGCACUUCCAGGAGUGAAACGAACCAAGGGAUGGUAUGCUUUUAAUAAAGAAAUUUUUAUUUCUAACGUAGUUGUUUUCUUUGAUCUUAAUGCUAGGCACAAUGUUGAAUUUGCACGAGUUAAGAAGCAAAGGCAAAUGGAAGAGGAAAAAAUACGUGCGGCCAAGGAGGCUAAGGCGAAAGCUGCGGCAAAGGAGGUUGAGCCGAGGCCUACUAUGCCAAAACCGAAUAAGACUAUGGGAGAACGGGAGGUGUUGAGUGUGUAUGAGAUGGAUGAAGAGGACGUUGUAACUAUGAUGUUCUUUCAUGAAGAUGAAUAAAGGACCGUGUACGUCGCAAAAAAGGAGAACAUCCCUUUCAGCCAUCAAGUGUGUAGAGUUGGUCCAGAUUUCAAGAAGACCGAUUGGGAUAGUCCCGGGAUGAACUUCACGCAUAAAUGCCUACGUUCACUUCCAGGAGUCAAAAUUGCAGGACCAUGGUUUGCUUUCAACACUUCAAUCUUUAUUCCUAAAGUUGUUGCUUUUUUUGAUGAAAAUAGCAUAGAAAACUUGGAGCAUCACAAAAGGAUGAUGGCGCGGAAAGAGGAAGAGGAGGAUGAAAGUGUGGAGGAAUUGGAGGAUGGCCACACCUCCAACUCUGAGGAUUGUGAUGAUUAAAGCAGUCAUAUGGAAUGUGAGAGGUUUGAAAAACUCCUCUAAACACUCUACUAUUUCGAGUUUAAUUAAAUUUAAUCAAGCGAGUUUGUGUUGUUUCUUGGAAACAAAAAUGAAAAAAAUAAAUAUUUCUAACUAUAUUGCCAAUAAAUGGCCUGGAUGGUUUUUUGAAACUAACCAUGAUUUUAUUCAAGGUGGCCGAAUACUUGUUUUUUGGAAUCCAAAUUUAAUAUCUUGUACGUUGAUUGAAAUGGGGGAACAACACAUGCAUUUUCAAUGCCUAUGCCGCACUUCACAAACUGUUUUUCAUGCUACAUUUGUCUAUUCUCUCUAUACAGUUUUGAGGCGAAAAGAGCUAUGGGAGCACCUUGCGUUACUUGGGGACCAAAUUAAGGACCCUUGGUUUAUAGCGGGUGAUUUUAAUUGUGUGUGCUCUCCUAAUGAGAGAUUGGGUUCUAACGCACCCUCGAACUAUCUUUUAAAAGAUUUACUUGAUUUUAAAAUCCGGGCUAGCCUUCAAGAUGCCCCAUCCACGGGAGAAUUCUUUAUGUGGAAUAAGGGACCUCUUUGGGCAAAACUUGACCGGGUUUUGUUAAAUGAGACGUGGGCUCAUUUGGGGAUUGAAUGCAAGGCUCAUUUCACUGAAAUGGAGGUCGAGUUUGAUCACACGACAUCCGUGGUGUCUAUACUCAAUAAUACCUAUCUCAGGUCGAAAUCAUUCAAAUUUUUUAACAUGUGGUUACAACAUUGUGCUUUCACUAACAUACUUUUGCAGAAUUGGAAUGUGAAUAUUCAAGGCACGGCUCAAUUUCAAAUUGCUAAGAAACUUAAGUUGCUAAAACAGCCGCUUAAGAAUCUUAACAAAGUGGAAUUUGGUCACAUUUCUAUGAAGGCAAAAAAUGCGAAAGAGGACUUUAAAAGGUUAAACAGGUUGUUGCUUGAUUCUCCCAAUGAUGCCGAGCUCAAAGAGCAAGUAAUUGGGGCGAGAAAAAGAGCCACUUUCCUAGGUGAGGCCGAAUGUAGUUUCUUCCAACAACGUGCAAAAGCUACACAUAUCCUUGAGGCGGAUAAGGGCACAAGGUAUUUUCACGCUAUCGUCAACAGGAACAAGGCCAGGAAUACCAUUACGUCCAUUAGGCUGGAUGAUGGUAGCCUCACUACUACUAUUGAUCGUGUUGGGAAUGAAUUUGUAAAAUUUUUUGUUGAUCUUUUUGGCACUGAGAUGGAAACCCUUUCCUUUGACCAAACGGUACUAGGAACCGGCCCUUUGAUUGAACCAAGCGUUCAUGAUAGCCUAUUAUCUCCGAUAACUAACAAAGAAAUUAAAGAUGCUUUGUUUGAUAUUGGGGAUGACAAGGCAUCGGGGCCGGACGGUUAUUCAUCGGCGUUUUUUAAGAAAAAUUGGAAUGUUGUGGGGGGGGGGGGGGGGGGAUGUGACUCGGGCGACCAAAGAGUUCUUUAACUCGGGAAAGAUGCUUAAACAGUUAAAAUACACUGUGAUAGCUCUAAUUCCUAAAACUAGUCACUCCCCUAUGGUCUCAGAUUAUAGACCUAUUUCAUGUACUAAUGUGCUUUACAAGAUCAUUACGAAGAUUAUUGUGGCAAGAUUGAGCCCUACCCUCUCGGGUUUGAUUAACAAAGCACAAGGUGCGUUUGUGGAUGGCCGCCUAAUGUUUGAUAACAUUUUCCUCGCCCAUGAACUUGUUAGAGGAUACAAUAGGAAGCAAAUUUCACCUCGUUGUAUGAUUAAGGUGGAUUUGCGCAAGGCCUAUGAUACAAUGGGAUGUGACUCGGGCGACCAAAGAGUUCUUUAACUCGGGAAAGAUGCUUAAACAGUUAAAAUACACUGUGAUAGCUCUAAUUCCUAAAACUAGUCACUCCCCUAUGGUCUCAGAUUAUAGACCUAUUUCAUGUACUAAUGUGCUUUACAAGAUCAUUACGAAGAUUAUUGUGGCAAGAUUGAGCCCUACCCUCUCGGGUUUGAUUAACAAAGCACAAGGUGCGUUUGUGGAUGGCCGCCUAAUGUUUGAUAACAUUUUCCUCGCCCAUGAACUUGUUAGAGGAUACAAUAGGAAGCAAAUUUCACCUCGUUGUAUGAUUAAGGUGGAUUUGCGCAAGGCCUAUGAUACUAUUUCUUGGGAUUUCCUUGCCAAUGUUCUUAGGGGUGUGGGCUACCCCGAUUUAUUUGUUGGUUGGAUAAUGGAGUGUGUUACUACCACGUCUUUUUCUGUUUCUUUGAAUGGUAUUUUGCUUGGUUUCUUUAAAGGUAAGCGUGGCAUUAGGCAAGGGGAUCCGAUGUCCCCAUUGCUUUUCGUUCUAUGCCUUGAGUACUUCUCUCGCCUUCUUACCAGGAAAUCUAAAAUGUCGGGCUUUAACCAUCACCCGCUUUGUGGGUCCUUGGGUAUAACCCACUUGGCCUAUGCGGAUGAUCUUAUGCUCUUUUCGAGGGGAGACAAAUACUCCAUCAGAAUAUUGGUUGAGGCUCUUAAAGAGUUUGGGGACGUAUCGGGCCUAAGAGUUAACCAUAACAAAUCUAACAUUUUCGUCGGUGGGGUUAAUAGUUUCGAUUUGCAGGGUAUUUUAGACCUCGUGGACUUUGAUCAUGGAGUUUUCCCGGUGAGAUAUCUCGGUAUCCCACUUGCGCCUUUAAAAGUCUCCGUGGCCCAAUAUGCGCCACUCCUUGACAUGGUAAAUAAGUUCUUAAGCACUUGGAACACCAAGACGAUUUCCUAUGCAGGUAAACUUGAGUUAAUACGAUCUGUGAUCCAAGGGGUCCAGUCGUUUUGGCUCCAAGUGUUUCCGGUACCUCAAACUGUUCUUGAUAGAAUUAUUUCGAUAUGCCGUAUUUUUUUACGGGGUGGCAAAUUCGCAAAGGUGGCUUGGGACGAUAUUUGCCUCCCUAAAGAGGAAGGGGGCCUUGGCAUUCACAAUGCUAAGAUAUGGAAUCAUGCCCUCCUCGCUCGCACCCUUUGGGAUGUACAUCUAAAGAAAGACACGCUCUGGGUACGUUGGGUGAGUGGUGUAUACCUCAAGGGUAAAAUCGUGUGGGAUUUUGUCCCACACACCCGAGACUCCCAGCUCAUGAAGCGACUGAGUCUCAUUCGCGAUAAGAUUCGGGGCUGUUUUAAUAACUUGAAUGAUACGAUAGUUGGCCUUAAUUCCCGUUCCACGAAUGGAAAAUUAACCUCCGCCAAAAUUUAUGAUUUGCUAAGAGUUAAGGGUAAUGCUAGGACUCCUAUGAGUUUCAUAUGGAAAUCCUACAUUCCCCCCAAACUCUCUUUUAACGUGUGGUUGGCUUUAAGAAACCUGCUUCCUACCCAGGAUAGCCUCGGUUAUCUACACAUUGUGAAUAGGUGUGACCUGUGCAAGGGUGGUUUGGAGACAAUACCACACCUCUUUUUCCUCCGCCCUUUUACUUGUAGGGUGUGGCAGCACAUAAGGAACUGGAUGGGAUUAAGGCAUGAGAUGACCACCUUGCUAAGUGCCGUGAAGUGGAUUAUGAAGACUCAUAGAGGAUCGACGCUGAAGGCAAAUGAGCCCGCCUAGCAUUCUGCGCCGCGGUGUAUUAUAUUUGGCAUGCGCGUAAUGAGAUACGAUUUGAUGGGGGAUCAAAGACGGAGGAGAAUAUUAUUGCGAAGAUCAAGCUUGUGGUGUAUAAGGUCCUAUACAACUUAUACCCACAUGAACUGAUCAACUUUUGAUGGUGGAUGCCGAAGCCGCGACAUAACCUCCUUGGACUUGAGUGUGCACUAUGCAACACAUCGGACUUCUGGUUGGGGCUAAGGGGAGAAUUCACUAUAACCUCCUCUUGGCUAGGUUCUUUUCAUUUGGGCAUUUAGUAUUGUAUACUUAGGCCCUUUUUGAGUGUUGACCUUAGAUUAGAUCGAAUAAAAACUUCUCCUAACCCCUACACUAGGUAGGGGUGAGGGAGGUUUUAGGAGAUCUAGAACCUUUUUGAUGUAUAUUUUUCUGGGUGUUAAUAUAUAUUUACAUUUCAUCCAAAAAAAAACAACUCUAAUGAUUGUUUUAUAAUGGGAACCCCAACGAGUAUCACUCGGUCGUGCUA